AUCUAAACCAAAACAUCUGUUGUUGGCAAGACAACUUGUAGCAAGGUAGUUAGCCACCUAGCUACAUCACAGGAAACCGCUAAUUCUUCAUAUUUUGAAUACGCCAUCGCUUCGGUUCCGCGUGGUGAAAUUGCGGCUUCACAGGUAACGUCACGGUGUGUUGGAUCUGAGCGUCAGGAUAGGGAAGCAAAGCAAAGGGGCAGCUGCCGGCGGUGCAGUGAGCCCGCUGGACAAAAUGCCCGAAAGCCCGGAGAAAAUCUCCUCGGUGUCGGCUCAGGAGCUGAAGGAGCAGGGCAACCGCCUCUUCCUGAACCGCAAGUACCUGGAGGCUGCCACCUGCUACAGCAAAGCCAUAAGCCACAGUCCGUCUGUCCCGGCGUACUACACCAACAGAGCGCUGUGCUACGUGAAGCUGCAGCAGUACGACAAAGCUCUGGCAGACUGCCGACACGCGCUGGAGCUCGACAGCCAGUCGGUCAAAGCUCACUUCUUCAUGGGUCAGUGCCACCUGGAGAUGGAGAGCUAUGACGAAGCCAUCGGCAACCUGCAGAAAGCCUAUAACCUGGCUAAGGAGCAGCGUCUGAACUUUGGUGACGACAUCCCCAGCGCUCUGCGGAUCGCUAAGAAGCAGCGUUGGAACAACAUGGAGGAGAGGAGGAUCAACCAGGAGAGCGAGCUGCACGCCUACCUCACCAAACUCAUCCUCUCGGAGAAGAAGAGAGAAGUGGAGGGCUGCAGACAGAAAGACGAUGACGACGACAGCAGAAUUCAACACAAUCCAAAUGAGAUUCACACAAAACAUGACAAGUAUCUGUCAGACAUGGAGGAGCUGUUCUGUCAAGUGGACGAGAAGAGGAAGAAGCGAGAGAUCCCCGACUUCCUGUGUGGAAAGAUCAGCUUUGAGUUGAUGAGAGAGCCCUGCAUCACUCCCAGCGGAGUCACCUAUGACAGGAAAGACAUCGAAGAGCACCUGCAGAGAGUCGGCCAUUUCGACCCGGUGACGCGCUCCCCUCUGACCCAAGAUCAGCUCAUCCCAAACCUGGCCAUGAAGGAAGUCAUCGAUGCCUUUAUUUUGGAGAAUGGAUGGGUGGAGGACUACUGACCAAUGAGAGGAGAGGAAGAGUUUCCGAGGGUUUGCUGCUCUGUCGUUGCUUUAAUUUAAACACGAAUCACUGGGAACGCCUCAAGUUCCAGUUUGAUGACGUGUGUCCUGCAGAAAUCAUCAAACAGCCGCCGGAGCAAACUAAACUUACAGGAGGAAUAUGUAAUAUAUUUACUGUCUUAAAUCCUAAAAUGACCACGAUGUGUCAUCGGAUAUGACAACAAUGCUAAAGCCAGUAUUUUCUCCUUUGAAAUGUCCAUAUCGGUCUGUUUUUUGUUUUGGUCUGUGUGUUGCCUAUUUUCACACCCGGGUUGCCAGAUAUGAAACGCAAACACGCAAAAACAACAGCAACCAAACAAACAGGAUCAGCAGAGAUAUAGAUAUAGAUAUAUAGAUUCAUUCUACCCGACCCUAAAAACCUUGGCGUCUUUCUAAACAGUUGCAUGACUACAGACGUGGUAAAACACGGGGAAAUAUUGGAGAUAAAACAAACUGAAAUGAAUGUAAAACCACAAAAAUCAAAGUUAUGAAAUCAAGAAAAAGAAAGAAAACAAAUUCAGUUGAGAGAAGCUUCACUAGAGGGCGCUGCCAGUUAAAUUAUUUAUUAUGUUAUUAUUAUUGGUGCAUUGAUAUGAUAUGCACUGCAGCUUAUUUUAACUUCUUUAUUUCCCGUUGGGUAUUUUAAUUAGUAACAUCAUUUUAAUUAGUUGUCUGUAUGUAAAACACGGAGAGUAACUGUCAGAUAAGAAGUAUAACGUAGGAUCAAAUAUAAUCAAGUUUAGUACGAGUACUUCCAAAACUGUACUGCAGCUUUACUAAUAAAUCUGAUUAAAUCAUAUCAAAACAAAUAAAUCAAGUCCAACUGAUUCUGUCACAAAACC